AUGGCUGUCGAUUGCCUCAAGCUACCCAGCCUUACGCCUGCUGAGCGAAACACUUGGAGCCAGGCUGUUUCUCGAGAUUGGCAAGCCUUGUCAAAAGCACCCCCAGCAGUUCGGGCAGAUCCACGGAUGGGCUUGGCAGCGGUACGGCAGGACUGGCGGGCCUUUCAGUUUGCGUAUCAAAACCUGCGGGAGAACAAGGAAUUUGUGCUUGAGGUCUUGAAGACGUCAGGCUUCACCCUGCAGUUUGCCUCUGAAGCACUCCGAUGUAACCGAGAGGUUGUGUUGGAGGCCGUUCGGCAGGAUGGCUGCGCCGUUCGGCACGCUUUUUACCAGUCCUUCAGAGAGGAUUUCGACAUCAUGAAGGAGGCCAUUGCAAACGACUGGCGUUCCUACGAGUACGCAUCCACUGAGCUCAAGAAGAACAAAGACUUGGCCUUGUUCGCCAUCGAGCAAAGCUGGGAAGCUUUACAGUUUAUUGACGAGGAGAUGCUGCUGGGUUGUCGGUACGGUAUGUAUCAUACUGGCUUUUGUCCUUUCCACCAGGAGCUUCAUGAUAAUUUGGACGUCAUGACUGCAGCCGUGUCCCAAAAGGGCGAGGCUGGCACUGGCACAAAA